UUUCCAUGUGUAGUCACAAUCACUUGAUUAACAAAUCACAGGUCAAAUUAUAGGUCUGUUCUCCAAAGACGGAAAAUUUUUCUCCCCACCUCUCUGCUACAAAUAACAUUCAUCAUUUAAUAUCUUGCAGGUCUUCUGGUCUCAAUCUUCCUCUUAUUCAGUGGCUUUGUAAUAUACCCAUCCAAUAUUCCUACCUACUGGAAAUGGCUAACAUAUAUAAAUCCAAUCCGCUGGGCCAAUAUUUCAUAUUGCCGAUCCCAGUUCCAGUAUUAUGAUGAUCCAUGCUCCAACUAUAGAGGUCAAUUUCCUUUCUGUGAUCAAUUCCCAUCAAACACAGUUGGGAAGGCCUAUUUGCUCUAUUAUGAGCUUUUAAAUGACAACUUUGGACCAUGGUUUCCAUAUGCUGUCCUAAUAGGAUGGACAGCAGUUAUGACCAUAUUAGCAUUAUGGGGUAUGAAAACCCUAGAGUUCAAAGGAUUAAACCAGUCACUGCCACAUCUCAAGAGGAGUACUGUGGUAAGCAACCUUAGGAAAGACAAAGAGAGAGAAUUGUCAUCAAGUGGCAGUGUAAGUGAGCAAGACUUUUAUCCCACCAUGGACACCAGACCAACUAUACUGCCACCUGGUGUUAAAGUGACAGAUGACCGUGGAGUUGAGAGAUGGAUUGAGGAUAUUGCCAUUGAUAUGGAGAGAAGAGAAUUGGGAAUUCCAGUAAAGCCCGUGUCCCUCAUGUUUGAAGAUCUAUCUUUCACAAGGUUUGACAAAGAAAUGAAGAAAAAGAUAUUGGUUUUCAACGGCAUCACAGGCUAUGCGAAUCCUCAAAACAUGCUAGCUCUAUUAGGUGGUUCACAAGAAAGCAAGACCACACUCCUGAAAUGCUUGGCAGGGAGGAUACCUUCAAGUCCCCACCUCCAAGGUGACCUGCGGGCAAAUGAUGUCAUAACUGGAGAAACUUUCUUCAGACUAAUAGGCUAUGUUGAGAUGGUUGAUGCACACCAGCCAUAUCUCUCUGUCCGUGAAUCUCUUCAAUUCAGUGCAGCACUUAGACUAAACAGAGAAAUAGACACCAGAAGCUGUCAUAUCCAUGUUGAGUUAGUUCUGGAUCAACUUGGUUUAUUGCCUUACUCUAACCAACUUGUUGCUUCACUUCGUGAUGCUACAGGGAGAACAUUUGAGAUAGCCAAGAAGAUGACAAUUGCAGUAGAGCUCGCCGCGAACCCAAGUAUUCUUUUCCUGGAGGAGCCAAUAUAUGGUCUAGAUAGUGCAGGGAUCUCAAGUAUCCUCGCCAUUCUUUCAGGAUUGUCAGCUUCUGGUCUGAGUAUAAUUGCAACCCUCACACACCCAACUGUUCGAUCACUUUCUUUCUUUGAUCAAGCUCUAAUUCUAACCAGAGAAGGAGAACAAGCAUAUUUUGGCCCAAUCGGACCAAACUGUGAGAAUUUGCUAAAUUAUUUUUCACCGAUCCCAAGCUCCCCCAGAAAGCUAACUGGAGAAAGUCCCAUUAGCUUGGUAAUGGGAUGUUUAGGACAAGGCAUUAAAAGUAGGGGAACUCCAUCCAUAAACUUUGCAGACACUUAUAGGGCUAGCUCCCUGCAUAAGCAGGUGAAUGAAGAGAUUGCCGCAAUAAAGAAUCUACACAAAGUUAGAGUACAAAAAAAGACUGCCCCAGCCUACCCAGCUCCAUAUUCACGCCAAGCAGGUCUGGUGCUCUUGAGAACACAAAGGUUCUUAUGGAGAAAUGUGCAAUACACGUAUGGCAGGCUUACGGGGUGCAUCAUGAUAGGUUUCUUAAUGGGCUCCCUAUUCUAUCAGAUCAAAAUACUCGGACCUAUAUGGUGUGACAUCAAGAUCACUCUACAUAUACAUGCAAGUUAUCCUAAUUGGAGUAAUCUCAGCAAACAACGUAAUCCCACAGAUUGGUACGGACAGACUCGUUUAUUUGAGGGAGAAAAGGGCAGGAAUGUAUCUGCCAAUAUUCUAUCCGUUAUCUUGGGCAGUCGGUGAGAUUCCAUACUUCUUCAUCGCAACGCUUGCAAUGGUAGGUAUUGGAAAUGGCUUGGCGGGAAUUGGAACAAGAUCAGUACCAGAAUUCCUAGAAUAUUGGCUUGUGCUCUGUGUAUUCACUUUGUGUGUCACGUACUUUGGUAUGAUGGUGACUUUCCUAGCCCCACUGCCGAUAUUUGCAGCAUUUCUGGUUUCAAUCCUAACUUCACUCUGGGUGUCAGCUUCUGGAGUAGUUGUCGUGCUGUCGAACAUUAAGUUCUACCGUUGGAUGUACUGGACCAACCCUUUUCAAUAUGCAAUGAACGCAUUGACUUCAAUCAGUUUUUACUGCAACCCGAAGACUUGUGCAUCAGAUUGCAGCUGCAAAAGGCUCCCAGAUGGCUCCUAUGUGUGGGAUCGGUUGGCAAGCUCGCGAGCGCUAGGCCACACAAGGAUAAAUACGGACAUACUCAUCUUAUCAGCCAUGGGCGUUCUGUUUGCCAGCCUAGCCUUUCUCUUCUUUUCCAUGUUGAGACACAACAAAAAUCCUUCUGUAUAGAGUUAUAUUUCAAAUCCCAUUCAUCUCAGAAGGCAUUGAGCUGGUUCACUAAAAUCCCAAAGAGACUUGAUAUGCAAUUAAUUGAGUUCAUCAUAAGCUUAGUAGGACUUAAUUGUUGGUGGUGUCAAUUGUUAAGCUUUGGCAGUCGAGUCAAGUUUGAGCUGUCAUAAGGAUCUUUAGUCCGCGAAUUAUGAUCAGACAAGAAUGAGAAACUUGUCUGCAGGUGUUUUGGUGAUAGUUGUAAAACACAUUUAUUGCGUUAAAGCAAAAAUAAACGAACCUUUGGUGCCAUACAUCUAUCUACGGUUUUCACUUGCAGAUAUCAUAAUCACUUCUUAUUGCACCUUGAUUCUCUCCAACAAGUCAGUCAGACAUUGAUUUGAAAUAAGUGUAUCCUUCAUU